AUGCCAAAGGAAAAAUAUGAUCCUCCGGAUCCUCGCAGAAUUUACACCAUCAUGUCAGCAGAAGAGGUAGCCAAUGGGAAGAAGUCGCACUGGGCUGAGUUAGAGAUCUCGGGUAGAGUGCGGAGCUUAAGUACGUCGCUUUGGUCGCUGACCCACUUGACUGCUCUGCACCUCAAUGACAAUAACCUUACUCGCAUUCCACCUGAUAUUGCCAAGCUUCAUAAUCUGGUUUACCUGGAUCUGUCAUCCAACAAACUCAGAAGUUUACCAGCAGAACUAGGAAACAUGGUAUCUCUCAGGGAAUUGCUUUUAAAUAACAAUCUGUUACGGGUUUUGCCUUACGAGCUUGGACGGCUCUUCCAGCUACAAACCCUGGGUUUGAAAGGCAAUCCUUUAUCACAAGAUAUUCUCAGCCUCUACCAGGAUCCAGACGGAACUCGAAAGCUACUGAACUACAUGCUUGACAAUCUAGCAGUUCAUCCAGAGCAGCUGCCUCCAAGGCCAUGGAUUACUUUGAAAGAACGAGACCAAAUUCUGCCCUCAGCUUCAUUCACAGUUAUGUGUUACAACGUGCUGUGCGAUAAAUACGCCACGCGGCAGCUCUACGGCUACUGCCCGUCUUGGGCGCUCAAUUGGGAGUAUAGAAAAAAGGGAAUCAUGGAAGAGAUCGUCAACUGUGAUGCAGAUAUCAUCAGUCUUCAGGAAGUGGAAACGGAGCAAUACUUCACCCUUUUUCUGCCAGCCUUGAAAGAACGAGGAUACGACGGGUUCUUUUCGCCGAAGUCACGUGCCAAAAUCAUGUCCGAGCAGGAGAAGAAGCAUGUGGAUGGCUGCGCAAUAUUCUUCAAAACGGAAAAGUUUACGCUUGUGCAGAAGCACACGGUGGAGUUCAACCAGGUGGCCAUGGCCAACUCGGAAGGCUCGGAAGCGAUGCUGAACAGAGUGAUGACGAAGGACAACAUCGGAGUGGCCGUGGUGCUGGAGGUGCAUAAGGAAUUGUUCGGAGCAAGUAUGAAAUCGCUUCACGUGGACAAACAGCUGCUUAUUGUGGCCAAUGCCCACAUGCACUGGGACCCCGAAUACUCAGACGUCAAACUCAUUCAGACCAUGAUGUUUGUCUCGGAACUGAAAAAUAUCCUCGAGAAAGCUUCAAGCAGGCCCGGGAGCCCAACAGCGGAUCCCAACUCCAUCCCUCUGGUGCUGUGUGCGGAUCUCAACUCACUGCCUGAUUCGGGUGUAGUGGAAUACUUAAGCAACGGCAUAGUAGCCGACAACCACAAGGACUUCAAGGAGUUGCGUUACAACGAGUGUCUCAUGAACUUCAGCGGCAACGGGAAAAACGGGGCUUCUGAAGGAAGGAUCACGCACGGCUUCCAACUCAAGAGCGCCUACGAAAACAACUUGAUGCCUUACACCAAUUACACUUUUGAUUUCAAAGGUGUGAUUGACUACAUUUUCUAUUCCAACACUCACAUGAACGUGCUUGGUGUCCUGGGGCCUUUGGACCCUCAGUGGCUGGUUGACAACAACAUCACUGGGUGUCCACACCCUCACAUCCCUUCAGACCACUUCUCACUGUUAACACAGCUAGAACUCCAUCCUCCGCUCCUGCCUCUUGUCAACGGCGUGCACUUGCCCAGCAGGAGGUAG